AUGCUGCGCUCGCCCGUCACCGUCUCCCCAGAGCGCUCUGCCUCUCGAUCACCGCUCCCACCUCGCCGCUCUGUCGAUGACGAAUUGGACCGUCCGGGCUCCUCUGGAAGUGAUGCCUCGUCGGUGAUUUCAAAUGCGACCGCCAUCUCUGUGCCCCAGACCAACACAUACCAGCCCGGGACCUCCUCCCCUCGAUCCGCCGUCCGGACACCACCCGCCGCCAACAACGGAGCCUCAGGGCGCCUCCCCACCUCCUUCAUGCCGCACCCUGAUCCGUCGAGCAGAAAACCGUCAGGACGAGUCCAUCCGCCGGAUCUGCACAAGCGCUCGCGUCACCACUCGCAGGGCUUUUUCGAACCAUCCCUCCCCACCGCUUCCUUGUCGGACGCGACGCUUUCGGCCUCGAGAAUAGCAGCUCAGGCUGCUAUGCUCAGCCAGCACCCGUCCUCAACAGUUCAACUUCCUCCAAAUCGAACAACGGAUGAUGGAUCAGUGUCGCCCCCUCCCCCGCUUCCUGCUUCACAGCCCCCGAGACCUGGGUCAGCUUCAGGCCAGCCACAACAACAGAGUAUUGGACAUGGCGUAGGCCAGGCCGCUGCGACGACAGCAGCGAACCAUGUGUUUCCGCGAAUACCGCCGCCGGGGAUGGAAGCUCACACUUAUGAGCGCGAGCAUAAGCACAAGAGCGAAAAGUCCAAGAUAAAGCUGUUCUCGAAGCCGAAGCAUAUUGGUAUCAGUCGUGAUAAGGAUGUGAAAGACAAAGGGCUGCCGUCUCCAAACAAGAUCCCCGGUCUAACACGGAUUGUCAGCGCAUCUACGACAAGUCUAGCGGAUACCUUCCCCUCAAAUAACUCGUCUAUGUACAAUCUGUCAAACGCCUCGGCAAGUACCGUUGUACCCGCUGAUAAGCCACCGGUCCCUGAAAAAGAUGGGGUAAAGGAGAAGGAAAAGGACAAAACGCACAAACAUCAUUUUUUGUCACGGCAAAAGCUGAAGUUGAAAGAUUUGAAGGAUAGAGAUGAUCAUUUCAACCUUCCGCUCUCGUCUGCGGCGAGUAAUUCUAGACCAUCAGAUCCCAAUGCUCCCCAGUCGCUAUAUUCUUUUACGCCGGCUUCACCAAGUGCCGCUACCACUUCUUUCAGCAAGUCUGUCGGUGGAUUGGACCUAUUGCACGGCGGCCGGGCGCUCCGUGACAAGAAAAAGGAAGAAAAGGCGUUGCAGGCAGAGGCGGAACCGCCUGAAUGGUUAGCAAAUUCAACCAUGGCUGGGGCAGUUUCUGGCGGGUUCGCAGGCCCGUCGUCGCUAGGAAGCACAGGAGGGAUUCUCGCUGAAGCUGCUUUACGAGAGACAUUACAAGGCUUCGGUCUCCACAAUAUGAGCCCCGAAGAUGCUUGGGACUUCUUAAAAGCGAAGCUGCUGGUGAUAUUUGACGGUGAAGAUGUGCGCAUUGCUAUUGAGGACCUCAAUAAGUUGGUUCUCAUCCACAUACAGCGCUGUGUGCAAAGACGUAUGCCCACGGCUAUCGUUGAUGAUCUACGUGAACUGCUGGAGGCAGGAUUUGCUACCUUAAAUCAUACACUAAAUGGCGUACCCGAUGAGAAAUUGAUACCUCAUCUCGUACAGAUCUGGAUGCUGGUGUUUGGCACCAUUCUUCCAUUUAUCCAAGCUGUUUUCCUUCCCCUGGAUCUUGAAUUCAAGGGGUGUGGGUCGGUCAUGAACUCGCGAGAAGCAAAAGAGUUCUGGAGUAUUGCGUUAGACGGAGAGUAUCCUGGUUGCGAGCUUGAAGUUCGCAACCUCGUCCUCAUCGCCUUCCGUGACAUGGUCGUCAUCAACCGAUAUGAUAGCCUCAAAGCUACGUUUUCUCGCCUAAGCUUGGACAGCAUCAAACUCGGAACCUCUGCCCUCAGCAUUACAACUAAAAGCAGCAGUAACAGUGGCCGACCUGGUACUGCUGCAUCACUUGAUGGCGGGUUCGGCAGCUACAGUUCUCAGUCAUCUGCCUUCCUCAACACCGCAGGAAGCCUCUCUUCUGAUUCACCGGACUACAACCGUAGUCGCGCUACAUCCAACACUUCGUCCAACCCAGACCAGCUCAUUUUCCAGUCUUUCUCUUCUCCGUCACAACGGCCAACAGUCAUCCACCGAACGAAUAACACAGACACCUCACAUGUCAUUACCGAGACCGUUGGUCGCAUGCUCCAAUGCGUAAGCGUCCUUGCAAGUGUCCAAACAAACGACGCCCCACAGGAAAGAAUCGAAACGCUCAGCAAAGACCUUAAGCACAAUUGGCUUGGACGUGCCCGAACCGGACGAGAUAGACGAGGAUUCGUAGGAGCGAAAAUUCGCCCACCUAUCGUUGCGCGCACAAGUGACGACUCAACGACAGAUAAGGACACCAAUUCCAUGAACGGGGACACGUUGAGCUUGCCUCGUCAGGAACUGAGUGUUUUAUGA